AGAGCGCGAGGGGACAACAUGGCGGAGAAGAACCGUCAGUAACAACACGAACAACACAAACAACACGGUGAUGACAGCUGACAUGUCAUCUCCCUGAGUCACCGACUCGUUCACGGUCCGUCGCUCCUCGUGUGGGAACAUGUCGGUGAGCGCCUCGUGCGAGUCGGUGUGUCGGGAGAGGAGCGUGUCGAGUCUCCUCGCUGGUCGUGUGGUGAAGAGGCUAAAGCAGGACGAGGGUCAGCGGCUGCAGGAGGCAGCGAUCCAGCUGCUGGAGCAGCAGCAGAACCUGAGUGCUCUGCUCCGGGAGGUCGGGAAUUUAGAUGAGUGCAAUCAGAGCGGAGAGCUCAGAACUCCAGCAGCGCCUGAAGGCAUCUCGUCUGCCGUCGCAGGAUCUCUGCUGGCGUGCGAGCUAAGGCGUCAGGCGGCUCGGCUCGGCGUCCCCGUGGCGACGCUGUCUGUCAAGACGACGCUGGAGAGACUGACAGAGAUCACCAGACCUGAGGGAGACGAGGACGAGAGGCGAGAGCUGCUCACGUCCCCUCAGAGAGUCCAACUGUGUGUCCUGCUGGAGUCCAGCAGAGAGCUGCUGUCGCAGGGAGACCUCUGCCCCAAACUGCUGUGGCAGGAAUACACCAGAGACCAGAGGUCACCUGAGCUGGAGGUGGUUUAUCAUCUGCACCGUUUCAGCAUCCUCUCUCUACAGUACAUUUUAGAGAGUGACGGAGGCCUAAGGGUUCUGUUGGUGUCUCAGCUGAAGUUACUGUGCAGCUGGACUCCUCCACCGGAGGAAGAGGAGACCAGACGAGUUCAACUCAAAGUGUUGUCAACGGUCGCCGGCGUGUUGGUGGGAGGCGGCUUCGAGCCGAGUCCUGAGGCAGCGGCGCCAGACAGGGUGACGAGGAGGGGGAGGAGCUUCUCGCCGCUCUGCUGCUCGCUGCUCGACGAAAUGCUCUUCUGGCUCCUGGACACUGUGGACCAGAGCGGGACGUCACAGUCUGCUGCAGCUGAGCUCUGGAUUCAAAUAUUUGACGCCUCAUUAUGUGGUGUUUCUGCGUCGGCCGACGCCCUCCAGAGUUUCUUCACACACUCGCUCACACAAGUUCUCACCUACAAGCCUCGACUGACAGUGUCGGACGCCGUUGCUCUGCAGAACGAGUGGACCUUUGCAAAAGCCAGCUGCUUGUUGACCUCUCUGUUCCGUAAGCUGGCUGUGGUCUUCAGUGUGGAGCUGCUGCUGCGUCGCCUGCAGCAGGUUCUGGAGACGCACGAGGUGAACUGGAAACACGUCCUGUGCUUCCUGUCCACGCUGCUGGUGUACAACCCCUGUGCCGCGCCGAGCCUCCGUGAGCUGCUGUCCAGGCUGCUGACGUCUGCCUUCGAAGGCUACGACCUGGAGCACAUGAUCACGGCCUUCCUGUUGGCCCGACAGGGGGCGCUGGAGGGAGCCGCCGUCUUCUCCUCCUACAGCGACUGGUUCAAGAUGUCUUUCGGUGGCAGCAGUGGUUUUCACGCGGCGAGUAAGAAAUCUCUGGUGUUCCUGCUGAAGUUCCUCUCGGACCUGGUUCCCUUCGAGCCGCCGCAGUACCUCAAGUUUCACAUCCUCCACCCUCCGUUCGUCCCCGUGAAGCAUCGCGGACUCCUGAUGGAGUACGUCUCUCUGGCCAAGACCCGACUGACUGACCUCCGGGAGUCAGUGGAGGACAUGGGCUUAUACGAGGAUGUUUCUGGUGCAGGUGGAGCACCAACACAGCCUCAGUGUCAGGCUGCUCAGGACGUGGAGAAGGCAGAGUCUCUGUUUGAGAGCACAGGGAGAAUCUCUGCCACCGUCAUGGAGGCCAGUAUUUUCCGGAGGCCGUAUUUCCUGAAACGAUUCCUUCCCGCUCUGCUGACGCCGAGAGUGCUUCCUGUGAAACCUGAUGCUCGGAUGAAUCUCAUCGAAGCUUUGAGAAAAGCAGACAAGAUUCCGGCGCCUCAGUUCUCGUCCUACGUGGAGUCUUGUCAGAAACACAGACGACAGGAUUUGGGUGUCGUGUGUGUGGACACCGCUGACGGUCCUCUGGACGUCCUGACGGUUCAGCUGCAGGAGUUCAGGACGCUGGUCGUCGAUGGAAAUGAUGGAGAGACGAUGUCUCAGCUGUCGAGGAUCUCACACACGCUGAGCGUCGUCUUCCCCGGACGUCCUGAUGAAUUCAUCCAGCAAACGGUCGUCAGAGUUCACUUAGGUGCUCCUCUGUCCCCUGAGCUCCACGUCAAAGUCGUCAACUUGAUCCUCAGAAACUUCUCCCAAUGCUUGUUAGACGCUUCCCGAGCAAAACCUCCUAACAAACAGAACCAGUGGGCCUCCAGGUUCGUCAGCAUGUUGCUCGGUAACACGCAGCUGAUCUCCAGCCUCAUACACAGACUUUGGGAUCUGCUUCAUAACCAGGGCUCGUCGCUGACCUCCGCCCACGUCCUUGGCCUGGCGGCGUUCGUGGUCCACCUCCAUGCCUCCUCGUCCCAGGGGCCUCUGGUCCAGCUGGACCGACCCAUUGUCCCGCCCCGUCCGGUCCCGGUGGGAGAAGCUCUGAGUGCAGCGCUGACGUGCAGCACACGCACCAACAUGAUCUUCUGCAUCAGGUUUUGUGUGGCAGCUGUGUGUUAUGGGAUGUGCAGAGGAGACUCGCUGCCUCAGCAGCAGGAGUACGUCCUCAGCAGCUUCUAUAAGAAGCUUCUGUUCCUCGUCCCGAGACUGUUGCCCGAGGCCCGGCGGACUCGUCAGGUGGGUGAUGAACGUCAGGAGGAGCAGAACCUGUGGGGCGGAGUCACACACUCCAGCUGCACCUGGAGGACGGCGGCUCGGCGUCUGUGGACGGACGCCGCUUUUCAGCAGCUGCAGGAGACGACUCCACAGUAUCAGCUGUCGUUCUCUGAUUGGCUGCUUCACGAGCUCAGAGUCCAGAGGAGCGACGACACCCUGACUGACCCAGAACGUCAUGAGUACCAGCAGUGGGUCUGUCUGGAGCUGUACUGGCCUCGUCCGGAGGAGCAGGGCGGCUGCGGAGGAGACAUGAGGAUCCUCUGCUCUCGUCUCCUCGACGCCGUCAUGGACCAGCAGUUAAGGAGUCUGGAGCAGCUGGACGAGCGAGUGUCGGCCACAGGAACAUGUCUGCCAGACAUCAUGUCAAGAUUACAGGAGUUUGUCUAUGAGAUGGAGGCGACCAGCGUCUGCGGCAGAGCUGACGUGUGCGAGUUCCUGUUUGAGUUUGUCUCUCGGAGAUGCUCCGGACCGACAGCGAGCUCGGACACCCAGAGCGUCGGCUCGGAGCUCGGCCUGCAACACACACUGAACACCUGGAACAGAGUCGUGCUGGCGCUGCCGGCGCCGCUGUUCGUCCAGCUGAAGGCCGAAGGUGGGAGGACGACUCUGGACUGUACUAGGCUGAUGGAACACAUCAACCAGCAUCAGAGGAAGGCGUGUUCUCCCGCCGGGUCCAUGUCCUUCCAUCUCACCACACACUUCCUGAGGGGUGUGUUGUGUGCCAGCGUGUCCUGCGGUCGUCCCAGGGAGGAAGUGGACAAGGCCUGGACUCAGAUCAGUGUCCACUGUCCUCUGCUGCUCACCUCCACCGUGCACUGGUGGGAGCAUCUGUCCCCGGUGAUGUCGUCGCUGUGGACUCGUCUUUGUGAUGGAGAUCGUCUGUCGCAGCAGCUGCAGCUUCUCACCGACUGUCGUCACUGGGCAAACAGUGUAGUAAACACUAACGGCCCGUCGCCAGUGGCGAUGCCUCCUGCUCCAGUUCUGCUGUUGGCCUCCAGUCUGCAUCGGGCCUGGCAAGGUGGUGGUGGGGGGCGAGGCCAGAGCCUCGGCGCCGCCCUGAACAUGCUGCGACCCGAGAGGGGAACACAGAACCGACAGGUUCUGGUCUUCCUGCUCUUCCUGUGUGUGAACGACCACCUGUCAACUCUGCUCCACCCUCAGGACGACAGUGACCAGAGAUCCAUGACUUUAUUCUCAGACCUCCUGUCCGUGUUGGUCGACUCUGCCGAUUGGCUGCUCAUCUUCAAAUCCAGCGAACAAGGUGUUUAUCAGUCCGUUACCCUGGUGACGACAGAUGAGUGUACUCGACUGAUGCCCUGGGCGUUCUACAGCCUGCUGCUCCAGCAGGGGGCGGAGCUGCUGCACAGAGCCGUGCUUUGUCCCGGCUUCCUCCACGCCGCCGUCCUCUGCUACGUCCGCCUGCUGCAGCUCUUCCUGGACGGAAGAACGUCUGUUUCCACCGCCGAACAACAGCAACAUCAGCGUCAGUCGGAGCCGUCCCAGAUCCUGAGCCGGGCAAAGUCGUUCCUCCUGAGAGCCAUUUCACAGACGCCUCCCGCCACAUUGUCCUCCGGCCAACUCAGACGGCUCGAGUCCCAGUGCGCAGACCUGGAUCCAGAGGUGGCGGCUGCUCUGUCCAUGCACCUUGCUGCUCCGAGCCUCAGCCCGGAGAUGGACUUCCUCUGAACAGCUGAGAGAAAAACUUAAGACUCUUCUCUUUACAGCAGGUACAGUAUAUCUGCUGCACAGAAACAUGUUCCAGAUUUGACAUGUGAUGUCAAAAAAACUGUUGAUUCUCAUCUUUGUAAAGAAAGUCUACAUUUCAUUUUCUUCUACUUUUUAUUUUUUUUAACAUAAUUCACACAAGUUUACACAUGUACGUCUGAAGCCCUUUUUGAGACACUGACAGAAAACUGAGUGAUGUAAAAACUCAGCCACACGAUGAGGCAACAUCCAGGUGCCUCACGUGCAUUGGGACAACCAGAAUGUUGCAUUAUGGGACAAGAAACUCACGUGGGUCACACAGUGAGUUGUGCAGUUCAGCUCUAAAAUAAAAUAAACGUGUGAAGCUGUAAAAUCAUCUUUGACUCAGAUCUGUAACAGAAGAGCUUGUUUCUUUAUUUUUUAUUAAAUCAAAUCCUUCAACAACAAAAAAAACUA